AUGCACCGAGCAGUGCUAAGUUUCAUGCGUCAAGCCCUUGUGAAAAGAAGCUACCCUCCGGCAUUGCGACUUUACUCUGUGGCUUGUUGCUUGAAGAGCUUAGAUCAUCAAGAACCUGCUGGAAGCUUCUUUUGCAGCGAGUAUAAAAACCAGUGCCUUCCUCCCUUGAUCACACUAGCAGUUCGUACAUCAAACUGGAGCAAGGGCAGGAAAAUUACCUUCAGGGAGUGUGUGAAGUUAUAUGGGCUAUCCCGGUCAGUUGGGCUGUUUGCAUUGCUUAUGCAACCCUUCUUGCCGCGAAGAAUCAGAGAGAUCCGGUGCUUCAUGCGGAGCAUUGUUGAUUACUGUGGAAGUGCCGGCCCAGAGUUGUUUGAGUUGGCACCUAUGUUGGUCAGUAAUUUGGGUGGGUCAAUGACAUUACUACAAGUUCAUGCUACAGUCAUUCGGGUUUUUGUAGAGUUGUCAAUGUUUGAGGAUGCUCUUCUCACUUACAUUGAGGCCAAGAAGGUUGGAGUUGAGCUGCAGUUGUGCAACUUCCUGCUGAAGUGUUUAGUGGAGAGGAAUCAAAUCAUGUCUGCGAGGAGUUUGUUUGAUGACAUGAAUACUUCUGGUCCGUCACCAAAUGUGUACUCUUAUUCAGUUUUGAUGAGUGCUUAUACACAUGGAGAUAGGUUAUGCUUGGAGGAAGCUUUUGAGCUUCUAUGUGAAAUGGAAAUGAAAGGCGUGAAACCGAAUGCGGUAACCUAUGGCACUUACCUCUAUGGGCUUUGCCGUACCAGACAUGUGUCAUCUGCAUGGAACUUUCUUCAAAUGCUUUGUCAGAGAGGCUACCCUCGCAACAGUUAUUGUUACAAUGCUGUGAUUCAUGGUUUCUGUCAUGAGGAACAGGUUCAGAAAGCCAUGGAGGUGUUUGAUGGGAUGAAGAAGGGUGGGUUUAUCCCAGAUGCCCAUAGCUAUAGUAUAUUAGUUGAUGGGUUAUGUAAGCAAGGGGAUCUAUUGGCAGGCUAUGACGUGCUUGUCGAAAUGGUAAGAAAUGGGAUUGCUCCUACUCUGGUCAGUUAUACUUCACUUUUGCAUGGUCUUUGCAGAGCUGGAAAGGUUGAAUUGGCAUUUGACCUGUUUAGGAGGCUCAAAGAACAAGGUGUCAAGCAUGACCACAUAGUUUACAGCAUUUUUCUUGAUGGUUGUUGCCAACAUUUUGAUCUAGAGGUUGUGUAUGAUCUUUGGAAGAACAUGGUUCAUCAUAAUUUUAUUCCAGAUGCUUACAACUAUACUAGUCUGAUAUAUGCAUUCUGUAGACAUAGUUACCUCAAAGAAGCAUUGGGAGUAUUCGAACUCAUGUUUGAGAAGGGAAUAAGCCCGAACAUUCUGACAUGCACCAUUCUAGUUGACAGUUUCAGCAAAGAAGGGAUGAUCGAUGAAGCCCUCCUAUUCCUGGACAAAGUACGCCAGCUUGGAAUUGUUCCCAACCUUUGUAUGUACAGAGUUAUCAUAAAUGGUCUGUGCAAGGUCAACAAAUGCGAUGAUGUGUGGGCCUUUUUCGCAGACAUGAUAAAAAGAGGCUGCGUUCCAGAUACUUACAUUUAUAGUAUUAUUAUUGAUGGCUGUGUGAAAGCACUGAAAUUUCAUGAGGCUUUCAGAUUGUUUCAUAAAAUGUUGGAUGAGGGUACAAAGCCUAAUAUAUUCACAUAUACUAGCCUAAUAAAUGGUCUUUGCCAUAAUGACAGACUUCCUGAAGCUGUGACAUUGUUUAAGCAUAUGAUUUGGGAAGGAUUGACACCAGACAGGAUUUUGUAUACAUCUCUUAUUGAUUGUUAUUGUAAGCGUUCAAACAUGAAGGCAGCUUUGGAAAUUUUUAGAGAGAUGGAGAAAGGGGGUUUAUCAGCAGAUGCUUUUGUCUAUACUUGUUUAAUUGGUGGGUUUAGUAAAGUGCUUGCGAUGGAUGGUGCGCAGUGGUUGAUGGAAGAAAUGAUAAAUAAGGGGCUUUCACCUACUGUAGUAACUUAUACAGAUAUCAUAGUUGGAUACUGCAAAACUGGAGAUGAGAAGAAAGCUCAUAUGAUGUAUAACAGUAUGCUCCAGGCAGGCAUUACACUGGAUGACAAGCUGAGUAGUAUAUUGGGAUUUGGCAAUGAUGGAGAUAGUUUUCAGGACUCCCAGGAAGAGAAGGAUAUAUCAUAA